AUGAACAAAACAGCUUCACAAAAUGCCGUACAGCCUACACGGACAACAUUGGACAAGCACUGCACAGUUCAGUGCGCGUCAAAUUGCGUGGUUCGGUGUACGUUAAAUUGCGCGUUGAAUUGCAUGUUUAAUUGCACGUCGAGUUGUGUGGUGGGUUGCGCGUUGACAUGCGCGAGUCGGCGCAUGUCAAAUUGCGCAGUGCGGUGCAGCCAAUGUUUUGCGAUUUGCGUGUUAAAUCGUGGUGCGGUACGGUGCAGUGCGCAUAGCAUAGCAUAUGCUUGCAGAUCGCAUAUGGCAUAUGCUUGCAGAUCGCAUAUGCUUGCAGAUCGCAUAUGGCAUAUGCUUGCAGAUCGCAUAUGCUUGCAGAUCGCAUAUGGCAUAUGCUUGCAGAUCGCAUAUGGCAUAUGCUUGCAGAUCGCAUAUGGCAUAUGCUUGCAGAUUGCAUAUGGCAUAUGCUUGCAGGUUGCAUAUGCUUGCAGAUCGCAUAUGCUUGCAGAUCGCAUAUACUUGCAGAUCGCAUAUGCUUGCAUAUGA